UGUAGACGAUAUCUCGCGCUGUGUACUUUAGUGUAAAGACGCAAUGGAUGUCUUUUAGGUUUUCGGCCUUUAUGAGAGUCUGAUAGGAUUUGAGGUGCGGGUGGAGAGUUGUCGGGGUGGAGGGAGAAAGGAAUAGGGGUGAGCAAGGGAGAGAGACGGCACGUGCGCCGCGCAGGUGCCCGGGUUGGCCGCGUCGCCCGGAACACAGCGUGGGCUUCUGCGCGCGCCCCCGUGGGAGUGAGAGUGGGUGCGCGCCCGCGGUGGGCGCCACGGCCGUGCAGCUGCGGGGUUGUGCGUGCGCGGAGCUGACAGGAGCGGUUUGCGCUUCUCCAGGCGCGUGCCCGGGUCGGGGCGUGACCCGGGUGAGCAGUUACGCACCGGUGUGACUCAGUGACAAGUGCGCGCACCUCCAGCCUUGCAGGGUUGAAGGCGGAGCUCGGGAUGGAGGGCAGGGACCUCUUCCCAGGAUGUAUACGCCAACCUCAGCCAGAUCCACCCUGUGGACCGUAGGAAGGAGGACCUGCCCAGCUGCCCCCUCAUCUCCCCCUACAUGAAUGGCCCCUUGAGGGUGAUGAUCCCAGAGAACCUGACGAUGGAGCAGGUGGUGGAGAAGAACCCGCUGGUGGAGCUGGGAGGCCAGUACCGGCCUCCUGACUGCUGGACACGACACCACACGGCGGUCGUGGUGCCCUACUAUGGGCAAGACCAGCACCUGCAGCACCUGCUCUUCCACCUGCACCCCUUCCUGCAGCGCCAGCAACUGCACUAUGCCAUCUACGUGGUGAACCAGGUGCACAACACCGCCUUCAACCGGGGCAAGCUGCGCAACGUGGGGUUCUGGGAGGCCAUGCAGGAGGAGGAAUGGGACUGUGUCUUCUUCCAUGAUGUGAACCUCCUCCCAGAGGAUGACCGCAACCUCUACAUCUGUGACAUCUUCCCUGCCCAUGUGUCUGUGGCCAUCGACAAGUUCGACUACAAGCUACCCUACCACGGCUACCUUGGGGGUGUGUUUGCCCUGCGCCCCAUUCACUACCUGAGGAUCAACGGCUUCCCCAAUUCGUACCGGGGCUGGGAUCGUGAGGACCAUGACAUCGCUGCCAGGACCCCAGUGACCAGCGGAGCCCCCCGAGCCCCGACCUCCUGGCCUCAAUCCGCCACAAAGGGCAGCAGGAUGGCAUCGACUCCUUGGGCUACAGGCUGCUCUCCAAGGAGCUGCAGCCCCUCUACACCAACCUCACCGUGGACAUCGAGUUCCCCACUCCCCGGUCCUAGGAGCCCCCAUGGCAGGCUGCAGGGGAGCUGGAGGCUGGACCAGGAUCCCCAAGACCUGGGCUGCAGGGCAGCCCUCCCAACUGGUUUCCUAUUAAAGGACAGUUUAUUUUACUCACUUCUCCUCUCCGCCAACCUUCAUCCCCACCCUUUCAUUUCUAGGCAUUGAUUC